AUGAGCUUUAAUCUAUAUGAUGAUGUAGAAGAAAAGAGGCCUUCAUAUGAAUAGUAAUUUGAAAAUUUUGAAGAACAUAAUACUUAAAUGUUCGAUUUAUAUAAUACAAUAAACUAAUCUCCUCAGUCAUAAAAAUGGUCUAUAAAUAAAAUACAUACAGGUUUAAACAAAUAAAUUCGAAAAAUAAAACUCGUAAAGAAAUCAAAGGGUAGUUAAUAUAUUUCAGAUGGACAAAGUAUCAAUUAACAUAUAAUUUAGAUUUUAUAAUCUAAAGGGUAGCCUCUCUGGAUGAUGCUUAUCAUUUAACUAAUUAGUAAAAUAUGAAUGUACUUCUCUAAUAAAAAGAUUUAAAUAAAAUUAUAAAGAAGAUGAAGCAACUAAAUUUACAAUGA